CCACUCUCCUGUCACAAAACACAGACCAUAGUUCUGUUCUUAUCGAACACUCAAAACUCAAAACUCAAUCCCAUCUCUCAUUUCUCAGAAUUCAGGCAGGCCAUGUCCACCUUGUUCUUAAUCUUGUUCUUCUUCUCUCACUCCCUCUGUGUUCUGCAAACCCAAGGCCUUAAUUCAGCUGAUGAAGUCAACGACUCUCUAACGUACCUAUGGCCUCUGCCUUCCGAGUUCACCUCCGGCAACAAGACCUUUUCUGUCCACCCACAGCUCUCGCUCGUUGUGGGCGGGAACGGAGGCAACUCUAGCAUUCUCAGACUUGGGUUUGAUCGCUACAAAGCUAUUAUAUUCAAGAACAGUCAAGGGGUUUCUUCCUUUGAUAGAAUAAGGGGGAGGAGACUGUCCUAUGAUGUUACUAAACUGAAAGUUGUGGUUCAUUCAGAUAGCGAAGAUCUUCAACUUGGUGUGGAUGAGAGCUAUACUUUGUUUGUGCUGAAGAAGGAUGGCCAAUCGAUUGUUGGGGAGGCCACCAUUGAGGCAAACACUGUGUAUGGUGCUCUGCGGGCGUUAGAGACAUUCAGCCAAUUGUGUACGUUUGAUUACGGGAGUAAAUCUGUACAAGUAUACAGGGCACCUUGGUACAUACGGGACAGUCCAAGGUUUGCAUACAGAGGGCUUUUGCUUGAUACAUCAAGGCACUAUUUACCAGUUGACGUGAUUAAACAAGUAAUUGAAUCGAUGUCAUAUGCUAAACUUAAUGUUCUUCAUUGGCACGUCGUAGAUAGAGAGUCAUUUCCUCUAGAAAUACCUUCAUACCCAAAGUUGUGGAAAGGUUCAUAUACAAAGUGGGAGCGCUACACGGUUGAGGAUGCAAUUGAAAUUGUGAGGUAA